GGGGACCGGAAGUGUAAUUAUUGUUCUGGAAGGAGGAACACAGUCGUCGAGAAACGUUGCCCACUUAUUUAUAAACUUGUAUCUGUUGACGGAGGCUGUUUAUUCUGGUGCGUACGUCGGUCGGUUUGGGAUAUACGUUAACGGUUUGUGAACACGGAGAGACGUUAGAAGCCGCGAUGGCGUCGCCGCUGGAGAUGACGGAGAUGUACGACAACGCUCUGCUCGGUAUCCUGCAGCACGUUGGAAACAUUCAGGACUUUCUACAGGUCUAUUUUGGGUUUUUGUACCGCAAGACGGACUUUUAUCGCCUGCUGUCGAGUCCCAACGACAGGAUGGGCUUCCCUCCCGGCGUGGCGGAGAAGAUGGUGUUUAAGACAUUUAAGCUGUUUGAGAAGGUGGCAGAUCGCGACAGAGAGAGACAGCUGAGCGAGCUGCAAAAGAGAGAGGAGAGUCGAUGCGUUCCCUCCCGUUCCGUUCCUGCGGCAGUUCAAGAGCUGGAGAUCGCCGCCGAGCCCGCCGAGGGGACAGAAGAGCGGAGCACAGAGGCGGAGAGCUCUCCCUCGGAUGCUGGGGAAGUUUCGGCUCCGGCCUCCUCAGAAGCGACCGUCGGCCCUCAGCCCGACAGCAGCAGCAGCAGCAGCAGCAGCGCUCCAGGCCAGUCCGCUCAGGGAGACCAGGCAGCUGCAGCCGGCACAAACUCCGCAGAAAAGGGUCAGGAGAAGUUUCAGUCCGACCCCGACAGUUACAACGGGGCGGUGAGAGAAAACUACAGCUGGUCUCAGGACUACACUGAUGUGGAGGUCCGCGUGUUUGUGCCCAAGACAGUUGUGAAAGGCCGACAGGUCAGAGUUAGUCUGCAGACGAGCAGCCUGCAGGUGUGUGUGAGGGAGGGAGCCGAGGAGAAAACACUGAUGGAGGGAGAAUUCGCCCACAAGAUCAACACUGAAAACUCUCUGUGGAGUCUGGAGCCUGGAAGCUGUGUGGUCCUGUCGCUCAGUAAGACGUCAGAGGUCUGGUGGAACGCGGUGCUGAAAGGAGAAAAGGAGAUUGAUAUAAACCAAAUUAACCGCGAGCGCUCCAUGGCAACAGUGGAUGACGAGGAGCACGCCGUCCUGGACAGACUCACCUUCGACUACCAUCAGAAGCUGCAGGGCAAACCACAGAGUCACGAAAUGAAGGUGCAUGACAUGCUGAAGAAGGGCUGGGAUGCUGAAGGGUCACCGUUCAAAGGGCAGCAGUUCGACCCCUCCAUGUUCGACAUCCCACCCAGCGCGGUGCAGUUCUGAGGCGCAGCCAAAACUCCACAGCCAAAUGUGAACUGAAUCCUAGUUUAUUUACAGAACUGGUUAAAGGAAAGUCAACAUUUACCUGCCGAUCUGUCGUGCUGGAAGUUUGUCUUUGACUGCAGAUUUGCUUUUGUGUGGAGUGGGACGGGUGGGGAGGGAAUGCAGAGUGUGACGAGGACGUGUCAUUAUAUCAAACAUUUAUUUGAUGUUUUGGCAGUUUGAAAUCUGAUAAAUAUGUGUACUUUGUUAACUGUUUUGCUCUUUAUUUAAUAACUCUACAGUGCCAAUAAGUUUGUCUGCCCUACUGCGUGAUUCUGGUAUUAUUUUUCACUUUUAUUCUCACACCAAAUCCCUCAAACUGUUGAGCAUUUAGUAUCUCUCAGCAGUCGGGUUUCCAUCCAAAUGUGGCGGAAAUCUGCUAAAGAAAAUGCCAAUUCAUGUGUUUGCAUCACGGUAGUGUUAUGCAAACAUUCGGUGUUGGUUCACUGAGAAAACUAGAAAACUUUUCAUAGGAGCGGGCGCCAUCUUUGAGUCGGGAUCCAGUUCUUAUGAUACAUCCACGUCUCAAACGGUGGGAAACAUGACGUUUCUGUUAGUUUCACGUGUUAAUGUGAGGAAGGGUACAUCCUCCUCGUCGCUCCACACACAUCUGAUGUUUUCAGCGCUUCACUUUAAGCCACGUGCUUCGUGCACGUCAUCAUUUAUUCACCGAGUCUGUUUCCAUUUUGCUUUUAUCGAUGCACCAACUUUUCCACCUCAGCCAAGAGGAUAAACUUUUUUUUGAUAUAUCGAGUUUUUUGCGUUUCCACUCGGUUGUUUUUAUGCGCAAAUUGAAAAAGCACAUAACAACAGGUGGAUGGAAACACGCUUCUUGUUUCUGGGUGAAUCAGUCAUUUUCAAUCUGAAGACUUCAGCAAAGGCUAAUCUUUUUCGUCUCCUCUUCAAGGUGUUUGCUGGAUGCCGGUUCAUGAACUUGCGCUCUGGUCUCUUAUUUAUUUGUCAUCUAUCUUCUAAGUGGCUUAUUAGUGAUAAACCACUAAAAAUGGUUUAUGAACUAUUAAUAAAACCAUUAAGUACA